AGAAAAAAAAACGAAAAGAGAAGAGAGUAGAUAAUAUAUAUGGAGACGACUGAAAUGAGUAGAAGAGAUGUGAUUGUAUACAGAGGAAUAUGGUACGUAAUGACUCUACUCUCGGUCUUUGGCCUCUCCAUAUCACUCAAUCUUCUGUGGCCACCUGGGGGAAAGUCACCAGCAUUGUCUCGUUUCCUCAGGGACGGCGCGGUGAGUGCCACAACAUUCUAUGCAGUGACGGUACUCAGGCAUCUCUUAUUCACCGAUCCUCCCUCCACUAGUUGGUACAAGGAUUUUACUACAAAAAAAGAGAAGAUUCCUCAGGUUGUUUUUGCGGAGCUUGCCAUAUUGGUGUUAAUGACAUCUUCGGCAAUGUAUUCCGUUUUGGUGGAUCAUGACCUUACGUUAUACAUGUCGUUAUUCACCAUAUCGUUGUUCACCGGUGGGACAGGUCUGAUUCAGCUAUCGGAUAAGUUUAGGAUGGAUAUGAAACAUGCUUAUAUCACGCUUCUUUGCGGUUGGUUGUCUUGGCUUUUUGGCGUUUAUAUUUUUAUUUACCGCCCUAGUUUGAGCGUGGCUAUGAUCUUUGCUGGAGUUUACUGGAUGUUCGGCCCUUUUAUCUGUUUUUAUAAUUUCCCCAGUGAGGAAUUCUCUAUAAAUUCCAGGGUUUCCCCUCUUCCUGCUUAG